AAUUUAGUGCAUACCCUAUGACGCGUUGUGUUCUUGCCCCUCAUUGGCUAAUCAUGUCAUUUAGCGAUUGAGCCGACCUCUUCCACUCGUUUUUUUUUUUUUUCAUUGGUACCCCACAAAAGUUGACGUUUCAAUGACGUUACGUCACACGUCAGUGCACCUAACCUCAGAAUUCCACAUCGACGAUUUGUGAAAGUCGUGAAAAUCGCUCUAAAUUGUUGUCAUGAAAUAAUAACAUGUCGAUGAAGACCGCCUCAAUAAUACUAACCAGUGAUGAAAUUUUAUGUGACAAGAAAUGCGACUGUGUCAGUCAGUACUUGAUUCAAGAACUCAACACAUUGCAGUACACAGUGUCGAAAUUAAUAAUAAUCAAUAACACAGAAAGUGCAAUCAUAAACGAGCUUGACUCGCUUAUAAAAAAUAGCGACGUGGUGAUAGCCGUGAGUGAAAAAUGUGGCGCUUUCUACAGAUCCAUCGGCCAGAUGAUUUCACAGCAGCUUCACCACAGUGCAGAGUUAGUUAAAAUUUUCAAACGAAGGGGAGAAUCUUUCGACAUAGACGACGUUUUAUUGCCAACGCAGGCGAAAGUGAUUGAUGGGAACGCGUACCCGGUGGUACAUUUCCAGAGGGUUUUUGUCCUGAGGGAGAAACACAUUCAGCAGAGUUUUAGUAAUAUUUUAAAAAAUCAUUUAGUGGAGUAUAGGAAGCCGGCGGAGUUUCAAAAGACGAUAACCAUAAGCCAGAAUGGUAACGCAGCUAGUGAUUUAAAUGAAUUGAAAAGAGUUCUGAAUAAUAAUAGAGUGAAGGUUGAUUUUACCAAAAAUGACCAGUAUUUUAUAUUUAGAGUGUCAAGUUCUGAAAUCUCUGAUAUUGUUGAGUUUGAGGAGAGGGUUAACGAGAUAUUUGAAGCCUACAGGGUGCGAAUGUGUGAUGAUUCGGACGUUUGGGAACGUGUUUAUUCAACCGACGAGAAACACGUUAAAAACGCUAUUGAAAACAUCGACCGUUGCCUAGAACAAUACGGCCUGGACAACAUCUUCCUCAGUUUCAACGGGGGCAAAGACUGCACCGUCCUCCUCCACUUGGUCCUAACAGUAAUCAAGAAAAAAUACCCCAACUAUACCAACCCCCUCUACUGUUUGUACGUACAAAGCGACAAACCUUUCCCAGAACAAGACGAAUUCAUCGCCCAAGCUGAAACCUUCUACAACCUAAAAAUAACAACCAUUAGAUCUGGAAUCAAAGACGCUCUUCAACAAACCCUCAAGAAAUUUCCCAACUACAAAGCGUGUUUUAUGGGUACGCGACGCACAGAUCCGUACUCGAGCGACCUAAAUAUUUUUCAGAUGACGGAUUCCAACUGGCCGCAGAUAAUGAGGGUCAGUCCGCUUCUGGAUUGGCACUAUUCGGACAUUUGGGACUACUUGUUGUACUACAAGGUCCCGUACUGCAAGCUGUACGACAUGGGGUUUACGUCGUUGGGGAAUACGGUGAACACGAUGAGGAAUCCGUCACUUAUUUGUUUCGAUAAGGCGGAAGUAAAAGACGUGCAUCUUCCGGCGUAUAAGCUCCUGAGGGAAAAUACGGAGAGGGAUGGGAGAAAUGCCAGUUGAUGCAAGCUGUAGUUGUAGGGGUUCAGGGACUUUUCUACUUAUGGGUUCAGGGAGACAAAGCAAUACUCUGCUUGCACUUAGCCAAUUUUAUUUAUUUGUAUUUGUUGUCACGUCCAUUAAAUUUUAUCGAUGUUAGUAAUAAAGUUUUGACCGUGUAUAA